CAUAUUUUUAUUUCCAUUUUUAUUUUAGAUUAUUUAUUUAAAAAAGCUAAAAGAAGUAAAAUAAAAGAACUUACAGUUAACUUAUAACUUGUAUGACUAAUAUGUAAGUAACUAAAAUAAAAAUAGAUCGUUGAAGGCUUUAUGAAAUACCGGCAAUUUCGUAAUCUAAACUAUGAGCUCAUUUCUAUUUCCAUACUGGUUCGCUGCUAGCAGUUUCGCUUAAACAUUGAUUAUCGCAUCAUUCAACAAUUAUAUUCGCAAUGUUAAGUAUACGGUAAUUACAUCACACGCACAUGCGCGUGCAUGUUACAACGAAGAAAGUUUUUAGUGCAGACUUUUUUUUUCGAUUUUCGAUUUGCCGCGAGGGGUUCGCUUUCAACUUCUUUGGCGCGACCGUGAAUUUCCGCGCAAGAAAAAAAAAAAGAGAAAUGCAUGUGUGCGUCCGACACAGCAGAAAGAGAAGAUGGGACAAGGGGGGCGUGCAUCGCGUGCGAAGCGUAAUUUCUCCCUUUUUCGUGUGUUCUGUUGCCAUAAACGCGGAGUGAAAGACACACUCGAUGCACAGUGCGUAUACGAGGAACGAUCGAUGAAAAUCGAUAGGAGACUUCUGACGAAAAAAAAAGAAAAAAAAACACCACACGUAGAACGGUUGACAUGUAGCGCACGAAGCUUCGCAAUUAUUGCCUUCCCUUUCGCGAGCGCGAGCGUCUCUUCGCUCCCCCCUAUAUGUAUUAUUUGCAUCGCGAGACUUUGUUCAACUUUAUCGAACCAAAACUGCUAAAGUAUACCGUUGGCUGUUUAAUACUUAAUUGCCCUUCUUUCAACCCUCCCCCUCCCCCGCCCUCGUCCCUUUCAACCGCAAUUAUUACUGCAGCGCGUGUCCUGCGAAUGCAAGGGAGGAGAAGGAUGCCGUUCAUCUGAAUAAUUUGAAAUGCGGGACACGAAAUGUUCCAAGGACGUGCGUAUCGAACUUUCGGAAAAAUCCUCGAGUCUGAUUGUGUCACUUGAUAAAGAAAGAUGCGUUCGCACAAUCGGCACCUGUCCAUCGCGCUGAAGCCGCGGAAGAGGAAGCUCUCGAAGGACAAGUCCAGUCAGACGCACGUGACUAGAACCCGUUGGCCCAGGGUCACGAUAACCCGCGGCAAAAAGCUGCGCGGCAAGUCUAGCGACACCAAGAUGCGCUUGACCCGAUUCGAUGGAUGCUCCACGGUUAUCGAUGCGAGUGACUCCAACGUCAUCGCCUGCGACAUCGUCGAGCUCUUUUGCGAGAACAGCGACGCCAGCAAUGAAGGAAGGACGGCAUGUCCGCAAAUUUCCAGCUCGACGGAGCUCGAGGAGGACGAGGCCGACGUGUGCGCCACGUGCAAGGACUGCGCGGAAUGUCAGCUGCAGCAGCAGGACGGCGCCGCGAGGAUACGUAACAUCGAAGGCGGCCUGAUGAGCGACCGAGACGUAGAACCGGCGAAACGUCCGGAUUAUUACAUGGGUGACGGCCUCGACGUCGUGAAGACGGCCUCCACGUCGGGCACGGUCGAGCACUCGAUAGAGUACGGGGAAGCUCCAGUCCUCGUGGAUCUGACCAGCGAGGAGUCUAAGCAAGCUGCCUGGAAGCAGACAAUCCUGAAGCGAUUCGGCGAAGCCGAAGAGAGCUCAGAGAUGUCGGAACCUCGCAUCAUGAUAGCCGACAGUUCCAGCAGACUGCAACGCGGCGGCACGGGCAGCAGUCUGGCGACCGCCUUGAGGGAUCGUGGUCCUUGCGUGAUCCCUGUGCAACCUAAUCGCUCGCUACCGAUCCGACCUGCGCCACCGACGCCGACGAGGUCAGCGGCGUCGAUAGUAACGUUACGGAAGACACGCUCGCCGAUCCUCAAGCUGUCGAAAUCCGCGAGUCUGGACAUGGUCGAGUUGCAAUCGAACGUAUCUCCGAGCAUCAGCUCGUUGACCAACGAGUUGAAUGAAUUCCCUUUCGGGCAGCAGGAUGGGAACGGAGACGGAAUGAUGCUUACGAGCGAGUUCAUCGAUCGCUCGGACUACAUUCUUCCAGAUAUGACUAAUGUCGUGCAGAUUGCCAAAGAAGUCAACAGCGUUAAAAGGAAGAACGGCGAAGACCAGGACAAGGAGUACGACAAAGAAAUUACCAAGGAUGUGAAGAAACGGAGAAAAUCUCACGAAGUCGACGCCGGUCAUAUACGCGACGAACGUGUCAAGAAUAUUUUGAAGGAGUACUCUAGAACUUGUUCCGGUAAUUUGGCCGACAAAGGAGAAAGAAAAUUGCAGCAGCACGUGGUGGUGAGGCUGUGGGAUGACAAGAGAUACUCGUCACCGGUCGUGGUGUCGACAACGGAGCCGGAGACAGAAAAGAAGGAAGUCUGCAACAAAGUCGUGCCACCUUUAAGAUUGAAGAAGGUUGUGCGCGAAGCGAGCACCACCGACGAAUACCGACGUAACAUCGAGAUGAACGCCGAGACGGGAAACGAGUCCAACUAUCGCAUCGUCACCGGCGCUACGCCACGUCCGGAGUCCCCGUCCGGAUACUCCGCUUUCUGGAGCAACGUGGCCUCGGAGAAGGAGCUCGAAUCGUCGACGGGCAAUGCGCGGGACAAGAGCCGGCGAUUCGCGCCGAAGAGCGACGGGUACAAGAUCAAGUACCGUCGCAACCGGUUGCGCCAGAAAUUGCGGGAACUUCGCGGUAAGGCGUUAGAGCUCUCGCGAGAGAUGACCGCGUGCAACAACGCCGCCGACACGAGCCCGCAGCGCAGCACUCGGCUGCGGCAGAUGAUGAAUUGCUACGAGAAGCAGAUCGAGAACAUCUCGAAGCUGCUGUGCAAAUUGUCCGCCUCCAUACCGCCGACGACCGACGACGUCGUCGAUCUUGAUUAUGAGAACGAGCUGAACGAGCGCAUGUCAGUCGAGAAAACCGCUGUCGAGAGUGACGUCGCGCAGGUAAAUGGAAUAUCCAGAAGCAGCGUUUCCCCGUCCCCUUCCCCGCCGAAACUGUCGCCGCGUUCUCCCAUCGACUACGAGAAAGGGAAAUCGCCCGACGCAAUGAGAAACAGUCCGCCGGUGUUACCCAGAGUUUACAUAGCAAUUCAACCGAGUGCACUCGAGUGUCUGAAGAAAAAUCUGGCUGUCGUCAAAAGCUGGCACAAAGGCGACAGCUCGCUGGGCUCGCCGAUCCAGAAGGAAGUCAAGGUGAACGAUACGGAUCAAACGAUAAUACGGGACGACGUAAUAGCGCCAGCUCUAUCCCCGGUUUCGUCGUCCGAGUUUGAAGAUCCGAGAAACAGUACGGCGGAGUGGCACGAAGAGGAACCUCUGCCGAAACUGAAGAAUCCGGAAAUCGAGGAGAAAAUUCCGGAGGACACUAAAACGUUUGGCGACAUUGAGGAGCAUCGUCAAACGUCACCGACGAUACCUUCAGACAGCUUCCUAGAUUCGACGAUGGACAUCGAGAUAGACGGAAGCGAUAUGCCAGACACGAAGGAGGUCGCUCAAGGACAUCUCGACGAAGUGACACAGGCUUCGGAAAUCGUCGCGAAUAAACAAGUCGCCUGCGAGAAACAGGAGCUGGAACAGAAGUCGAGCGAGGCUCUGCCGGCUAAUCCGUCGAUCAUGGAGGAAACUAGGAAAACAACGGAAUAUGGGACUUACAGCUCGGAGGAAAGGAUCAACGGCAAGAACAGGGUGGUCACGAGCACAGUCAUGGCUGCACAGGAAGCGUCAACGAUAAUUGGACGGCCGCAAGUGCCCGCCGCCAAUGUGACUAACAUCGUGCAGCUGCAGUCGAAUUAUUACGGUCCGUCUGUCGCACGCGAGAACGUCGUUUUCACGGACGUCAUACAAAAUUCGAGGGACGUGCAGAAGGUAAUGUCAAGCAUAAAUCAAUCUACGGCCUUGGAUCCAAUAAUACCUCUAGGAUUCGCUCAAUCUAGGUCUACCGUCAGCAGCUCAAAUCAACAAUGUAUCGUUCUGCCUAAUAGCUGCAAUAAAGCUCAGGAGAGUACGACCAGUCAGCGAAACGACGGAAGUCGCAUUAUGACGGAGCAAUUUCCUACGUUGGGCAAUUGGGUAGCGCGAAUGUCGAAGAAACAAGCUGCCAAAUCGAAAUCUAAAUUACAAUCCGGAAUAAGCUUACCGACAGCAUCAACGGCGGAGGCCACUCGCAUCCCCGGAUUGGAGACGCAAAAGAUCCGCUCGAGUGCAUCAAGUAACGCGACUCGAAACAACAUAGUCAACGUAGCGCCGCAAUGGAAUACGGAAAGGUGGCAGCGUCAGCAGCAUCAGCAACGUCAGCAGCAAUUGUACGCGUCGUCGGCUGCGCCUCCUGUGAGACCGGGCAUCUGUCCACCCAUCUCGGUUACCCAGUUCUAUCCAUCUAAUUAUGCGAUCGAUCCUUACGGCGCGGCUUUCGGCUACCACUCGGCGGUAUGCCCGUACGGCGAUUACCCCUAUCACUCUCGCCUGCAUGCCACCGCACCGCCGAUAAGCGGCUAUCAAAUAGGCCCUUUGCAAGAUCCGCACGCCUCUUCGCUCCGUCAGAUGCAGCAUCUCGACAAACGUUACCCGGCGCAUCUGCAAGACACGGCGUCUCGCCACUUCACCACGGAUCUCCUCAAGUAUUCCGGCACCCUAUCCGCGGGCGGCUAUCAGCCGGCGGCGGCCGCCGCCGCCGCCGCCGCCGCUGCCGGCCUGGACUACGAUCGUCUGAGGACGGCGACGGCUGCCACGCAAAACGGCACCGCGUCGGCUUGUCUGCCACCCCUGCUGCUACCGCCGCCUCCGCCGUUAGCGGCCCCCGCGCAGCAAUCACUGGCACGCACCUCCCUGGCCGGCUAUCCCGCGAGCAACGGCCAGUGCGGCAGGAACAGAAUGAUCCCGGAUGUCGUCGCCGCGGCGGCAGCUGCCGCGGUGGUCGCGGCGGCUUCCUUCGGCCGGCAGCGCGGCACGCUGCCGUCGUACGGAAGAACCGACACGGAAAUGGUACCCGGAGGAAUCGGCGGUGUCAUGGAUAACGAAUCGUCGCAGCUGAUAGCGACGAACAGGGUGGCGAAUCGCGAACGGUUGCCGCAGGAGCAGGUACAACCAUCCGUCGGUGGUGUCAACGUGGAUUCGCGAUUGAAUAACGGCGGUUACCGGCAACUGCAGAAUUUAUUAUUGGACCGAUUGCCUUACGUGAAAGCGGACGAUGCCUAUUCCCAGUCGUCGACAGCGAUUUUCGACGACAACGCACAGGAGCCGACGGCAGCAUCCUCGGCGCCACCCACGUCGACGUACAAGCCCGCAACGAUCUUGCCGUCUAGCAGCGCGCUGGCCGCCAAGGAACCCGCGCGGAAAGAGAAUCGUAACUGCGAAACGCCACAUUUGGGUAAGGUGAAUCGCACUCAGGAGACUACGAGCAAUCUGGAGUGCUCCAACUGCGGCCUCACCGGGUCCAUGUUCAAGUGCCUGGGCUGCGAGACGGCCUUCUACUGCGACGAGAGGUGCCAAACUCGUCACUGGAACAUCCACGUGGAGAAAUGUCCCAAGAGAAUGCCUAAGCUAAAAAAACUGAUCUGAGAGAGCUAUCGUGAAAAUUAUACGGGAAUCCGCAAAAAAACAAAUUCAGUGUCUGUAAAAUAUUAAUGAAGUCAUUUAUUGUGUUGGUCAUUUAAUGACCAACACAAUAACCAAGAAAAAAAAACGAAGGAAGUGUGUUGUCGUUUCGAUUUACAUGUAUUUUCACUGAUAAUUUAUGUAUCUCUAGUCAAUGUACUAUAAAUUAUAACGAAUGCGAAUUCUGUGUCUUGCAGUCGCAUCGGAUUUACACCACGAAUGUGAUAAAAGUGCCUGGUCGUAAGAUAAACGCUUACUGUAAUUUUAUGGUACUUCGCUCACGGUCUCUGAUGUUCUGCUUUGUAAAUUAUGAACUGCGAAAUACAAAGAGUUCAGCGCACCUCGUAUUAUAUCUUAAAUGGCAUAUGUAUUGUGCAAUAGCAGCAUAUAAUACGGAAAGUAUAAGCUCAUCGGUAUAAUACAUGUUGUAAUGUAACGGAUGUUACGAACGUGCUACCUCUCAUGUACCUUACAGUCACAAGUCGUUAUGGUAUAGUCAUAAUGAUUGCGUAUACGACUGCUUGUUUUAUUAAAACUCCUGAUCCUUCGUUGCAAUCACAUUGGCUCGCAAUGUCAGAAACGAGAAAUGAGAGAAUAUAAAUUUUUUUUCUUUUAUAAAUUAUGUAAAAAGUUCAUACGAUUUCUCAUUAUCGACGUCAAUACGGUUGCAACGAGGAGACUUACUGCAAAAUCAGUAACUUGAAAAAUAAUUUAAACUGUUAAUGGAAAAAUGUGUGUUUAAAAACAGCUGAUAAAAUGAUCGGUUUUACGAGUAUGCAUUUAAAAGCCGCGUAUCUGUAAGAAAUAACGCUUACUAUAUAUUUGUUCCAAUGCUUCUUAAUUGUUACAUAAUCAACUUUUUUAUACUU